GGCACCUAUGGGAUCUAAACUAAAUGGGGCCUAAGUUUAUGCAAGUUCUCGAAUCCUUGAACAACAUCCAAUAUGACCCUACCGCAGAUCUUUCAGCUCACUCACCUCGAACUCAUUCUUGAUGCUUUCUCAGCCUUUGCAUCCUUUUCAGUAUGAGCACUCUUCGCAAAGCUUGUCGCAACUGUACGUUGUAUAAACGGAAAUGUAUUGUUCAACUACCAAAAUGUAUCCGUUGCGCUCAGAGGGGUCUCGAGUGUAGCUACGAUCUCGAACCUAUAAUCACACCGACUACACAGCUUCAGGAGCUACCACACUUUCUAUUCAAUCCCUCAAAUUGCGAUUCGCCAGGAUAUUGCAUUAUGAAGACGCUAAAAUUCCGCCCUUCCUUCAUCGACCCAACCAUCUGCAGACCUGGACAUCGAGAUGCCAUAGAGGCUCUUCGCUGGGGUUAUCUACCAGUUACUGGCCUUCUUAGAGCAGGAAAACCUGCAAUCUUCGUGCAUCCAAAGUUACAGAUGCAUAGUGAUUGUGAUUACCUUGCCGCCUUGGGAGAAAUCGGGGAAAGUGGGGCAAGCCACGAGAGCUUCGAGGUCUUGCUUCAAUUGAAUGUCACGAAAGUACCCAUCAAGGAGGCCCUUGUCGCCCUUCAAGCUCUCAUUGUCUACCUCUCAACAUUCGUUUUCCCCGGAAGUCCAGGCCAACAAAUCAAUGCAGAGAAAUAUCUCAACGUCCUGUCUGACUGGACUCGAACUUUAUUGGCAUCCGCAAAAACUAGAAUGCCACCAGACCAAUCUCCAUGGCAAGAGUGGCUGUUUGGGGAAAGUGUUCGACGAACCAUUCUCAUGUCAUACAUACUGUCUUUGGCUAUAUCUAGCUUCCACGCCGGUCAUUGCACCAAUUGGCUAUUCGUGGAAUCACUCCCUUUUGACAGACGUGCUGGUCUCUGGAUGGCAGAGUCUCCACAAGCUUGGAUCGCUGCAGCUAAAGCUAAAACGGGAGAAGAGGUUGGAGAGAGGCUCAGUUCUCUUCAUGAGUUCGCAGAGGGUUUAAAUAGAUCCGAGCAUACUUUCUAUGGAGAUAUCUUCUUGGCUCUGCUUGCAUAUGGUCAUAAUGGAGGUAACACAAGCAAGGCAGUUCACAAAAACUAGGCCAAAUCGGAUAUCAACGAUAUCGAAAACGAUUCGAAUGAUACAACACGGAACCAUCAUUCUCCCGCGGAAGAUCAGAGUAAUGGGAACUAAUCUGAAUUGAGACUCAAACACCAAAAGUUUCCGAGUGGUCGGGAAGAUGUUAAGUAAAGCGGGGCAAUGUUCAUCCGUCACUUGGAAGAGACAGUGCUGUAUAAAUCAAGUCAACACUCACACACCGACUGAUAGACCACGAAUCAUACUCGCCUUUCUUUUAAAAACCAUCAGCAUGUCGGCAAAGCCUCUUCUCGUCGUCCUCGGUGCCACGGGUAACCAAGGAGGCUCAGUUCUAUCAUACUUUCUCUCGUUGUCGCCUCCUCCGUACGCACUUCGUGCAGUAACUCGAGACCCAUCCUCGUCUAAAGCCACCUCUCUCGCCACUUUUGGAGUUGAAGUUGUGAGGGGCAACUUUGACGAUCCAUCCUCACUCGACGCCGCUUUCA